AUGGAGAUCGAAGCACGAGAAAAAGCUUAUACGUUUGUAACGUAUACAGCGGUAGUCUUUUCGUUAGUUUCCAUCCUAGCUGUAUUUUUGACAUUACCGAUGGUUAACAAUUAUGUUACUAUUAUCGGUUCUCGAGUUACCGAAGAAAUGGAAUAUUGCCAGACAUCUGCCCGUGAAGUUAUGCUUGAAAUGCGCGAACAUCGCUCGCUAUCUGGAGCAUUUAGCGCGUUGCAUGUUAUUGAUGGCAAUAUCGAAAAUUCAUUCAAUAUUACAAGAGCUAAGAAACAAACUGGAUGCGGAGGAUGCUGCUUGCCUGGAUUACCAGGACCUGAUGGUCCGCCCGGCAAACCAGGAUUGCCAGGACGUCCAGGAGCACUAGGUGCACCUGGCUUUCCAGGAAAACCACCAAGAAUAUGUGAAGAGCUACAACCACCACCCUGCAAACCAUGUCCACAGGGGCCACCAGGUCAGCCGGGACCAAGCGGAGACAAAGGCCCAUCUGGACGACCAGGACAACCAGGCCGUAUGGGAAAUCCAGGUCGUCCAGGAUUACAAGGGCCACCAGGACCACCAGGAUCUAAUGGAAAUGCAGGUAUUGACGGAUUACCUGGUGAACCAGGUCGCUCAGUCAUCAGUAUGCCAUCAAUUCCUGGAGAUCCAGGACCAGCUGGAACAGAGGGACAACCAGGAAAACCCGGUGAUCCUGGACCACCAGGGAAUCCAGGGCAACCAGGGAAUCCUGGUCCUCGUGGGCCACCUGGUCUACCUGGACAGCAAGGUAAUCUGGGAGAGAUAGGCGAAUCAGGACAGCCAGGUCAACAUGGACAACCUGGCGAACCGGGAAUUUGUGCUAAAUAUUGCGCUUUGGACGGUGGUGUCUUCUUUGAGGAUGGAACACGACGUUAA